CCAGAACAGGACGGCUCGUAAUUUUGAACCGAUUGCGAGCAGCCUCGAUUGUGUGGUUUGCUAACGAAACAUCAACGCAUUCUCCUUUGAGCGAUGGCUGCUCGUGCUUCUCUUCUUUUUGGAUGAAGGGAAUUGAUUAAGCGCUGCGUUCUUUACGAUCAACAUGAGUUCGCAUGUCAUCACCCCCGGGCCGUACCGAGCAACUAAACUGUGGAAUGAAGUCACUCGUCUCUUUCGGGCCGGUAUGCCGCUCAGGAAGCAUCGCCAAAACUUCCGGCACUACUCCUCCUGCUUCACAGCCGCUGCAGCCGUAGAUUGGCUGCACCAGCUGCUUCGUAGCAACAACAACUUUGGCCCUGAUGUCACCAGGCAGCAGACCGUGCAGCUCCUCAAGAAGUUUCUGAAGAACCAUGUGAUUGAAGAUGUAAAGGGUCGCUGGGGAACAGAGGACCUGGAGGACAAUAACACGCUGUACAGAUUCCCUUCCUCUUCUCCUCUGAAGCCUAUUCCCUGUCCAGCUCCAGCUUCACGCCUGGGCUCUUUAAAGAAAAGACCUUCACUGAGGGACAAGGAGGGUUUCUUCAAGUUUAGAAGUAUCAAAAGGCAUGAGAAGGAAAUGCUGGAGAAUGCAGAUCCUGCUCUGCAGACACAGGGAGAGAGUCAGUGUGAAGAAGAACAGCAGACACCCCGACGAGAACUGACAGUGGAGGAUGAGCAUGACAUCUGGAGAGACAUCACCCUGACCCACCUGCAGAGGAUUCUGGGCGUUGCAUCUCUUGAUGAAGUUUUAGAUCACCGUUACGUAAACCCACAGAAUAUUAUCCAUAAUAUGACCAAAGUCAACAAGCAUGGAGUGGUCACGCUGGACGACAAGACCAAUGACCUUCCUCAUUGGGCGUUGUCUGCAAUGAAGAGUCUUGCUAACUGGCCCAAGUACGACAGCGCGCAGCCAUCUUAUCCUGGCUUUGAGAGAGACGUCUUCAAAACGGUGUCUGAUUACUUCUACAGCCUUCCACAGCCGUUGCUCACAUACGAACUGUAUGAACUAUUCAUCAACGUCCUGGUGUUUUGCGGCUAUGUUACAGUUCCCACUGCGCACCAACGUGGGAAACGGAAGAAGCCUGAUCUCCCCUCAGUGCCCCCUCCUGCCAAAACGUCUUUCCGCUCCACCGAGUGUCUCUUGCUGUCGUUGAUCAGACAAGGAACAUGUGAUGAGACAGAGUCACCAAUGAGAGAAGUGCUCAGCCGGACACUUCAGUCACGCUUAGUGCAACUGAAGGGAGGUGGCGACGGUCAGUUCGGAGGUAGCUGCUCAAGCCUAAAAAACGUUGUUUCAAUGAAACAUCAAACCAGGAGUUUCUCGCUGGAAACAAUCCUCGACGACUCUGUCCCACUCACACAACAACAGCUUUUUUCAUCCACUGACACCCUAGAAUCUGGUGCAUUUAGGAAUAUGAGCAAGGAUGACAGCCCUCCCACCACAACACAACAAAGUGGCUCAGCCUGUACGGCUGUGUCCAGAACAUCUCCCAUUACUUGUCAGAAUAUGACAAUCAAAAAUCAGCUGUCUGCUGUUUCUAUUGCUGGACUGUCGGGAUCGCAGAGGUCACGUCCACGAAGCGUAGGCAGCUGUUUGGACAUUGUCAUAGAGUCCAGAGAAGAUGAUGUUAAAGACACUGUGCGUCAGGGCCGAGCAAGCAGCUGCCUCAACGUGAACACUCCUGCAGACCCGCCUUGCUCCUCCUCAGCUUCACAGCCUCCUUCCUACCAGCAUUCCCCUUCUUCCUGUCAUUCAGCCUCUACGUCGUCUCCACCUGCUCUAGCCAAAACACAAAGGUCUCAUGCUGCUUCAGGACCUAGUGGGCCCAGACCUGCCUGCAGCACGUCUAAUAUUACAACGCUCCACGCACCUGUUGUUGUCCGGCGCUGCAUCAGCUCUUUGGAUGUGUCCAAGCAGUCUCAACCUGUCUCGUUGUUCAAAGCACCUGUCUGUGUGCCCACCAGCAGCUUCCAGUCUCCCCAGUCAAAACCUGAGCACAGCCUUCUCCAGCCUCACUGUGAGCGAGUAGCUAUCGAAGCGCUGCAGCUCUGCACCCUCCUCCUGCCCCCCGCCUCCCGCAGGAAGUUACAGCUCCUUAUGAGGAUGAUGUCACGCAUUAGCCAGAACGUGGACUUGCCUCGACUCCACCCCGCCAUCGGCACGCGAACGCUGAUGGUUCACACCUUUUCUGGCUGUGUUCUGGGCAGUGCUGAGGAGGGCGAUUUGGAUGAGUUGUUGGCUACCAGACUGGUCUCAUUUCUAAUGGACCACCAAGAACAGAUUCUCUCGGUCCCAAAGUAUCUGCUUAGCGCCAUCAAUGACUACAUACUGUACCUACGCACCGUACAGGUUCCGAUCGAUAGUGUUCCUAAUGCUGAUGCCGGCGAUGCACAUUGCAUUCCAGUGCAGAUGUAUGCAUUCUGCCGUCAGAUUAGUGGUGCUGAGUUUGAGCAACAGAAAACAGAAUCCUCUCAGAAAGCCAUGGAAGAGCUCCUGGAGAUUCUGCUGACAGACCAAAACAUAAGUGAGAAGGACAGACGCAAGAAACUAAAGCAGUUUCAGAAGCAGUACCCAGACAUCUACAGUCGGCGGUUCCCCUCUACACAAAAGGACAAUAAGCCAAAGAUUAAACCUCCUCUGCUCAGUAUCAAGAAAACCAAAGCUUUCAGCAUCAGGAACUAAACUAAGCAGCUGUCACUGUCUCUGCAUCAAUCUUGAACUCAGUUUGAACUUUGUGUUACAUUGGAAACUUGUGUGAUCGCAAGUUAAUGCAGGUCAGGAGACUUCUACGGUGGCUCAUCGGUGAAAUGUGUGUAUGAUGAAAGCCGGUGGAUAGACAGUUUACAUUAUUUUGUGUUUUUGUGUAGAUCGUUUUUAACCAAUUUUUCAUCUGUUUCCAGCUGAUUCUGUCCUGGAGAUAGUGUGUGUGGUUUGGUACAUGCAGCUUCACAGCACAGUUUGGGAGAAAAAUAGGCAUUUCUGUGAACUCUAGAAGAAUAUUUAGAUUAAGUUAAAUUAUAUGGAUGAUGACAUUGGGAGCAGAGUUAAUGUUUUCUGAUUGAUGUGUUUUUUAGUUUUUAUACACACUUUGUAUUACAGCAUCAGUUGCUCAUUCCUUCCUUCUUUACUGAAAAGAGACAUAUUUUGCACUGGUUUAGACAUUAUAAAUGGCCCCACAUUAAUGUCACUCCUCGGGAGUUUAAUUUAUACAUAUUUAAUACAUUUGAAACUGAAGCUUUUCCUAGAUAACUCAUUUUUGGGUUUGCAGUCCCUUUUAAAUUGAUCCUGGGUUAUAUGAAGUUUUAAUUCCUUGACGUCUGUAUACCUCAGAUCAAAGUGUUUUUAGACUCUUGCAGAGGAGUGAACCUCCAGUUACAUGUACUCUGUUGUUUACUAUGCAAAGUACUGGGAAAUAAACUUGUUCAGUUCUUUUAAAAUCUCA